AUGGAAGUUUCAUGGAGCUUGGCAGCUCUAGCUCUCAUCCUCCCCAUAGCCCUCUUCCUCAUCCGAACCCGAACCCGAUCCAAACCCACCUCCUCCAACUGGCCCCCGGGCCCCAAACCCCUACCCGUCAUCGGAAACAUGCACCUCCUCAGCGCCCUCGCCUUCCGCUCCAUCACUCCCCUUUCCAACCAAUAUGGCCCCAUCAUGCGCCUCAAGCUAGGCGAGGUCGACACCAUUGUCGUAUCCUCGCGGGAGCUAUCCCGCGAGAUUCUCAAGCAGCACGACCCCUGCUACGCGGACAAACCCGACUCCAUCGGAAUCAAGGUCUUGUGGUACAACUACCGCGACAUCGCCUUCAGCCCCUACGGCGACUACUGGCGCCAGAUGCGCAAGAUCUGCAUCAUGGAGCUCCUCAGCCCCCGCAGCGUCCGCUCCUUCGCCUCCAUCCGCAGAGACGAGGUCUCUAACUUAAUUUCCUCCAUCCGCAGCCGCGCGGAUGGAGGACAGCCUGUCAACAUCAGCGACAGUAUUUUCUCCAUGAUGAGCUCGGUCACCUCUCGCGCCGCCUUUGGGAAGGUGUCCAAGGACAAGGACACGCUGAUUAAGAUUCUGCGAGACGGGAUCCAGAUGGCGGGAGGGUUUGAGAUUGCGGAUUUCUUUCCUUCCUCGUUUGUCAUCAACACCUUUAGUUGGACUAAGAUCAGGCUGCUGAUGAUGAGGCAUAAGCUUGAUGUGAUUCUCGACGAGCUCAUCCGACAGCACCAGCGCAAUCUGGCAAAGAUCGAGGAGGGGGAGAGAGGGAGGAAGGGCAACGGCGAGUUUGGUAACGAAGAUAUCAUUGAUGUCCUGCUUCGCCUCCAGGAGACUGGAGAGCUCCAGUUUCCUAUCAGGAAAGAGGACAUCAAAGCAGUCGUCUACGUAAGUACUGCAUAA